GUGAACUGGGCCUGGCCCCCUCCCCAGCGUCAGAUCAGCUGCCCCCUGACUGCCAGGGUUCAAAGCAGCUAGAGCCUGUUAGUUAGGGCUGUUGAGUAAUUUGCAGCUUUAAGCAGAAAGCCCUGUAACCAGCAGUGUUACCGGAAGCAGGGACACAGAUCAAUUUUAGACAUGAUUCAGAAUCUUGUCAUCCUUCUUAAGGGUCAAGGUACAGUUACGAGCAGUUAGAACCGAUGUGGUCAGUGCUAUUACCACUUGCCUAGCAAACUGUUCUCCCGGGGAACUCUUACACCUCCUGGUGUUCAAGAGUUAGAAGGCAGGGUUGGCUGGGGGCUGGCUCAGCUGGGGGAGGGGAGUCCUCCCCCCGAGGCUGCCCCUGGGAUAAACCCUCUCCUUUUGUCUUCCCCAUCAUAUUCUGGAUAUGUUGUCCCAUCUUUUGGGUGAGAGCACCCAUGGGGGGAAGCGACUUGCCCAGGGUCACAGCUAGCAGAGGCCCUGCUGAGAUUCACCUUGGAUCCCCCAGCUGCUGCACCCACUGCCCCCAAAGAAGCACAGGCAUAUGGGGUGGCCUUCUGCUGUCUCUGGAGAGGUCUGCGAGCUUCCCUGGGGGGCUUUGAUGAUGCCGAUUAAGGGAACCUCGGGUAUGUGGUUUCCUUUGUCAACUAUGACUUUAAUCACACGAGUGCACAUGCACUAGGCGGGCACACUUUCUGGGGGGUGUGGAUUGAGCUCAGGGUCGCCCUGUUGUGGCAAAAACCAAAGUACUGUGGCAUGGAGCUUUACUGAGAUCUGAGCCAGUUUUCUAUUUCCCCAUCUUCUUAACCUGGUCCCAAUGACAGUCCUGAGCAAGCUGCUGAUUUCCCUGGCAUGCCCUCGUGAGAGGCGAUCUCAGCCCCUACAUGUUUCUCAGGUUCUGUCAGUGUAGCUGAAAUUAGGUAGGGACUCAGGCAGGGGGCAGUGGAGGCCUCCAAAUUGAUUAGACAAGUUUUUGAGAUUAAAAUAAAUCAGUUAAUUGGUUCCUUUGACUGACGGUUGCUGGUGGCAUCUUUCAUCAUCUCCCACGUGCCAGGCCUGGGCUGGGUCCUGAGGAGACCGGCUUCUCCUUGAACUUGGGAGUGGUGGCGGGGCAGUGAGUCAAGAAAAUGGGUAAUUACAAUAGGAUUUCGAGAGAGGUGCUGUCUCUACCCAGGAGUUAGGGACACAUGCCAGAGGGGAGCUUGCCUGCCCAUCCUGAGCUGUCCCCUCCUGCUGCCUGCUCACACUCCAUCUGCCCUUCCCUCUCCUGGUUCCAAGGAAGGCACAACUUGGCCAGGGAAGCAGGAACCCCGUUCCCUCCUCUGGGAAGCCCUCCUGUUGAGCACUGCAGGCUGGUGAGGGUGCCCCCUCUGCCCCCCAGCCCUUGGCACCUGUGUUUGCUAUUGCCCUUUUCUCUCCUGCUGUCACCUCAGGUCAGGGAUGGCAUCUGGUCCCAGCAUCACCCAGCACACGGCCUGCACUGAGGACCUGUCAGAGGACGUUACUGAAUGAACUCAUGAAGGGUGGCAUAAAUUGGGGGGAGGAAGAAACAAAUCUAUGAUGAGCAGGCCCAUGAUAGGACAGCCGGAUGAAGGUACUGUUCAGUUAACAGCAACAAGUUAUUCAUAAUCAAUGCAGAUACUGAGCACCUCCUACGUGCUGACAGGAUAGAGGGAGAGGAGCAUUGGGAGUGGGUGUCGGGGACCCUCACCCCCAGCAACAUCCAUAGGGCUGUGGGGACCCAGGCCGAUACCUGCCCCCCUCCCCCCCAGCUCCUGUUGCAGUUGCCCUAUGAUUAAGUCAGGCAAGCACAGGCCUUUGGACCAUCGAUGGGGCAUGGGUACCACCAAACCGGCUGCUGUCUUCAGGAGGCCCUGCUAAGUGGAGGGAAGCCUGGAGCUCCCGGGCUGGGGGGGCCCAGUAAAGCCAGCCUGAUCGAGGGUGAGCAGGACCCGAGAGAGGCCGCUGGGAGAUGACCUAACCCAGUGCCCUCCUUUGAGCCCCUCUUUUCAGGACUUCCUUGUUCCUGGAGCCAGUAAAUUCUCUUUCUAAAGCCAGCCUGAAGCUGGUUUUCUGUUUCUUACAGCCCAAAGGCUCUUGACGGAUACCUGCUGCUGGGUCUGCCUGGCACCACCUUUCUUCUCUAGUUAAGCAGGAACCUGAGCAAAAGACAACUCAUGGGGCACCUGGGUGGCACAGUUGGUUAGGGGUUCGACUCUUGUUUUCAGCUCGGGUCAUGAUCUUAGGGCUGUGAGAUGGAGCCCCACGUCAGGCUGUGCUCAGCAUAGAGUCUGCUUGAGAUUCUCUCCCUCCUGCUUGUGCUCACUCUCUCCCUCUCGCAAAUAAAUAACUCUUAAAAAAAGCCCCAAAGACAAUGGAAUUCAGAAGAGACCCCAUGGACGGAGACUCAGGUGGGAAAGGCAGGGUCCAAUGGACCCAGCACAUCCAAGUGCAGUGGAAAGCCAAAGGCUACAGAGGGAGCCCUUUGAUAGAAAAGAGGCGUUGGGGAUGCCAGGACAAGACAAAGGGGAUGCAGAGGGUAGGCUGGGCUCUUUCCAAGCUGCUAGAUUCCCCCCAGACCCUCUCCCCCACCUCCUGCCCCUUCAAUAUCCAGCUCCCACUCUCUCAGCUCUUGCCUGGGGCCCAUCCCUGGGCUGUGUAAGGCUGGGGGACAUCACAUAAUGGAGACCCCACCCUGCCUUUUAGAGGCUCACAGUCUCAUGGGGAGCUGGACUCAGGAGCAGAAGUGGAGAGGGACCACAACAACAUGGGGUGAUUGGUGUGGAUGGCGUGAAACCAGAGACACGGGAGUCCAGAUGCCAGCCAGCAUAGAAGGCUUCUUGGCAUACUUCUUGGCAUAGGUCCUGGGCCCGGGAUGGCUGCCCCCUGGACAGCUCUCCACCCAACCUGCCCCAAAUAAAUAGCUCAUUAUUGUCCCUGAAAAUGGUGCUCUCCCUCUGGAGUUCAGACCUUCCCAGAGCACUGUAUGGGGCAUCCCAGCCUCCUCCUUCCCACAUCCUCCUACAACCACCAGUCCCAGAUACCUAGAGCAACGGCUUCAUGACACUGUGUCCUGAACGGAGCCCCUCAUUUCAGACUCCAGGCCACGAGGUGGGUAUUAUUUAUACCUGGUUCACAGUCCAAGGUUCAAGUGAGGUCGAUCUCAAGCUGCCGCUGAUUGACCUAUUCACCAGUCAGUCCUCCGUGUCGCUCAGAUCCGGAAUCUUGUUCCAACGUGUGCAUUCUCCCAUGCGGACCCCAUCACCUGGCCACCGGACCUGCGCACCCCUUCAACCCGCCCCCCCAUCUUGCCCUCAGAACAAAUCCAGGUCCCCAGCGGCUCUAAGGCCCAGGGCAAGCUUCCGCCACACCUCUGGCCAUGCUCAGGCCCUCAUCACUGCCCCCCGCCACCGCUCAGCUUCUCCUGCUGCAAGGGCGCAAACCGGCGUCGCCCUGUGCGCUGGUCCGGGCAGGGUCCGGGUCUUCUUACGGUAUUGGCAACGGGGGCGUACUGCUUUACAAAGCAGACAGGUGCACUUAUUUCGUUUGGUCGUCCCAUCAACGUCUACGCUAGCAACUGAAGCCUCUGUGUUUACAGAUAAAAAGCUGGGGUCGGAACUUCGUCCUUGGCACGCGCAGCCACCCUGAGGCCGGGAUGCCAGGACACAGCACGGCGCCGCCAACUCCCUGGCAGCGCUCGCCGUGGAAGGAGGACGCGCCUUCAGCCAGCCAGCCAGCCAGCCAGCCAGCCAGGAGAAGCAGAGAUGGAUGUCCCCAAGGAGAGUGACAUUCUUCUCUUAGCUGAUGAAAAAUUUGACUUCGAUCUUUCAUUGUCCUCUUCAAGUGCAAAUGAAGAUGAUGAAGUCUUCUUUGGACCCGUUGGGCAUAAAGAAAGAUGCGUUGCUGCCAGCUUGGAAUUAAAUCAUCACAUUCCCGAAGAGCGUCUUUUGCCAGCCUCGGAAAGUCACUUCACCUGGAGUCCUCUCCCUGGGGAAAAAUUUGUGGAAGUGUAUAAAGAAGCUCACUUAUUGGCCUUUCAGAUAGAAAGCAAGAGCAAAACCAAGGCCGCCCAAGAUGUCACAGCUGAAGACCUUUGGAGCCAGGGCGUGGAAAGAUUUAUACAGGAAUCAAAAUUAAAAAUAAGCCUAUUUGAGAAAGAAAAGGAAAUGAAGAAAAGCCCCAAGUCACUUAAGAGGGAGACCUAUUACCUGUCAGACAGCCCCUUGAGGGACCCGCCACUUCAGGGAACCCAGACACCCUCGGGCCUGGUCCUGCCAAGCGCUCCUGCCCAGACACAGGGGUGGCCACACUCACCCCACUCUUCUUUGCCAGUGGAACCAAGUACUGCUCACCCUCCAAAACAGGCAGGGACUCAGAAAAAGGUCAUCAGCAAAUUGGUGCGGCCCCGAGCUUUUUCUGUGAGAGGGAAAAACAUUCAUGUGGCCACGGAGCAGCCUAGGAAAAGGAUACCAACCAGUCCUUCCAAUAUGAAAAUCCUCAGGGAAAAGGAAUCCCACAGGGAUGUGCCCCCUGACAAAUCCAGUGCCGCCCGGGAGCUCGCUAGCUUGCCAGCUGGUGGAAGCCACUUGGUCCAAGGCAAGCGAUCGCUCCCUGUUGCAAACAAGUUGGGGCUGAAGAAAACCCUGUUGAAACCCCCUGGUUGUGCUGGAGGUCUUUCAAGAAAGUUCUCUUCCUCUGGGUCCGUUUCGGCUGUGAUUUCCAGUGCGUGUGCUUCUCCAGCAGCCGGCAGAGCUAGAUCCGGUGAACCUGCAAGUGUUCCCGCGGGCAGUUCCCUGCCUCCGCAGACAGGCUCUUCGGGUGCCCCCUGCAAGCAGAGCAAGUGGGCUGCGGUGGCUGAGGUGAAGGCGGAGGCUGCCAAGGCGCCCACCCCAGCAGCUCUCGUCCAAGCCCGGACACCGGAACAGGGAGGCCCGGGCCCGAGCUCCGGCUCCACCUGGUCCCAUCCCUCUCAGUUAAAUACAGCUGGGAGUAUGAGAAGGCGUGACUCCUACCUACUCUGCAGGACACAGGCUGUGCCCACCCCUACAAGUCAAUUUAAGAUCCCCAAGUUUGCUACCGGUGAGCCCCCGGACAGCACGACGCCGAUGUCCUGCCGGGCCCAGAGACCGCAGUCCUGCACGUCGGUGGGGAGGGUUGUUUUCCAGAGCACUCCUGCUAGACGCUCAUCGGUGGCAGCCCCGCAGAGCCUUGUAAGCAGUACGAGGACCCCCAUGAGUAUGAAGCACGUGUCAGCCCUGCCCACACCUGCCAGCCGUCGGCUCUCCGGCCUUCCAUCCAUGACCCCUAAAACCGUGCCCAGAGCUCUGGCUUCGCCUCUGUGUGCGCCUGCUCGGCGGCUUUCUUCUGAGCCGCAGAAAAAGUCUUCAGUGAGAGCUGCACCAACGAGGGACACCGACAGCAAGGCUACCUCUAGGCGCAAGGACUCGUCUCCCGACGGGUCCCUUUCCCCUCUGUCAGCUGUACCACAGGCACUUAACUUUUCUCCAGAAAAGACUGGCUUGACUCUUUCAGAAAGUAUCAGCACAGAAGUCGUGCUGGAUGCAGCCCAGCCACCUGGAGACACACCCACUGGUGAGGCUAUUCUCGUGGAUAUCAAACUGGACCAACUGGCCAUCACUCCAAAAGCUGAAAGCACAGCCCUCAUCGACAUCCCUCUCAUUGACUUUUGCAAUAGUCCAGAAGCACACGUGGCUCUGGGAUCUGAGAGUAGACCUCUGAUCGACCUGCUGAUGAACACUCCAGACAUGAUCAGAAACACUGCGUCCAAGCCUCCCCAGGAGGUGGGACAGCUGAUAGACUUGGCUUCUCCUCUGAUCCAGCUGAGUCCCGAGGCUGACAAGGAAAACAUGGAUUCUCCACUUCUCAAGUUCUGAGAAUACAGUCCUUUGUGUUUCACUCUUUCUAAAAGAACUGUCAGUCCUAAGGUGGUUUUCAACCCUUAGAAAUAAAUCUAGGAGAAGUCGUUUUGGGGGAAAAAACCAACCCUCAGUGAAGGUCCCAUGCCUGGAGGAGGGGGUGCUGCAGGACUGGGGGGUGUUUUGGGCUCCCGAGGCCACUGCUGCCCGUCAGCUCCCCUCUAUGCUGCCCUGAGCACCGGGCUGGAGCAUGGAGUUCAGUUGCUCCAGGUGAAGAAUUUUGAAUCUUUUGUAUGUAAAAUAGCAAGCGACUAUUUUUAAAAUUAAGUUUGUAUGAAACGUUAAGUAUCCUAGAUUUAAAUUAAAUUGUAAAAUAAAUGAAAAUGUAUUAAAACACA